AUGUCGACGUCCAUCAUGCAUGCCCCGCCAGUCGGGCAGAUAGCGUCACCGUCAAGCAAGUCGAAUCUGACCGAACAAAUUGAGCAGAGCGAGGGCGAACGAACUCCAAGGUCGUCCCAAAUCCCCAACAAAGGCUCCCCGAAACCACGGUCUCUAUCAGACGCUCCUAAACCCGUCCUCUCUCCCUCCCCCGCUUUCCGAGAACCUCUUCGACGAAUAUCCAAAGAUGAUUCCGCCAUAACAGGGCCGUCCACUCCGGUCCGACCUCCUAUCCACAUCCGCGGUCUGUCCCUUCAUAUGCCCUCUAAAGAUGGUCCCGAAAAUGGCACCGGCGCCAGCAUUCCGCGUAUUCCUUUAUCUCCAAAGCUCGAUUCGUCCCAAAUUUACGGUUCUCCAUCAUCCAUGCUUCCUAGGAGAUCACGAGGGCUGGAUUAUACCCGGGCAUGUACCAAUUUGCAUCAUUCCACUCUGGCGGAGGCGUCCCCGGACGCUUCGCCGGUUACCGGAAGAGGCAUUCAAAUUCCGGCCAGAAGAAGCGUUGGGAAUUCUGUCCUUGAUUCACCGAGCAAUCAACCAAGUGGAUUGUGGUCUUUGUCAAACGACAGGACCAACCUAUCCAGCUCCGUGAGUAGCGUCAACAUGCUCGGGUCUGAUUCAGAUUCAGGCUCUGAUUCUUCUUCCGACGAUAUGGCUGUCGACCGGGAGAUGGAUGAUGCAAUUCUCAGUACGCCUGCGGCUUCCAGACUGAACACGGGUUUCCUGCCCGGUUUCACGAAUAGUCCUGGAUUAGAAUGGAUGAAUAACCAACCUACUCCAGCACAGGCAAGUCUCAUGAGCUUCCAGCCAAAUUUGAUGAGCUUCAGACGGGCUCGUACCCGCAAAGGAAAGAGUCAACAGAGUUCCAGCAGUGUCAGCAUGAACAGCUCCAAACCUUCCCCGGGCCCACUCUCACCUGGGACGCUGAAGAGUGUGGAAAGUGCCGGCGGGAGUUACUUCGGAACCGGCCUCACCAAACGACAAGUUCAGUCUCGGCGUGAGAGCCUGAGCCUAGGAACCAACGACCUGCACUUGUCCGACAGCGAAGACAAUAACCCCAACAAAUCCGCUGCGGGACAGUCUCUUUCAGACCUGGACCGUCCUGGCAGCGACGGCCCCAGGGGUGUUAUCCGAAAAGCGGUCACUCGGCGCGGCAAUCUUCUUCCCAAAACGAAAGGAUUUGCUCGAAUCCGUGCUCAACUUCAGGAAGAGGCCGCACCUAUCGAAAGUGAAGCUCGACGCGAAGCAGAGGUUAUCCGCCAGGUCCAUGAAAAUGACCCGACCGUAUCUCACGCCACCUCGCCAGUGCUUCAAUACAACAACCCGUUCGCCUCUGAGCCGGUAGAAGAAUCCAUUGAGGAUAUGGCCGUGGAUACAAGACCUCCUCUUCCACCUGAUAGUUUCAGCCGUCAGGCGGAGAGAAAUUCCGCCGGCAAAGGGUUCUGGAAUGCAUUCGACGACCAGUACCGAACUCCCCCGCCGCCUCUGCUCCCGCGCGAAAGUUCUUCGACGAUCAGUGAUGAAGCUCUCGAGACUCCCGGCUCCUCGCUGACCGAUAAUCCUGCGCUCAGACAUUUUAAUCGUUCGAGAUCUAGAUCCAUCACGCCACUGGCUUCUAAUGCCCCUACCGCUGGAGAUGUUGCACGACGCGUCAACAACAAGCGACGACGAGAGGAAGAUUUUGAUCCCACCUACACCAAACGCCGAGCUGUCUCUCCCGGCAUGAGUGUUCAAAGCAGUCCUAUUUUACCGCAGAGUCCCGUUUUCACCAACGACAAAGCCUGGUCGAAAAUGCCGCCAAAGGCGAAUGGCGAUCGCAGCAACAGUGGAGGAGGCGUGAACGGAACCAAGAGAGUGGGCUUACAAGGUAUGACUGAAACGAAUGAAGGCUUCAUGAGCAUGAGCAUUGAUUGA